ACUGGGGCCAGCCCCGGUGCCUACAGAGUACUUGCAGUGUCAGAAUGCCAGCACAACCAUUUGGCUUAUGGUGGCGAAGCCACACCAUGUUCAUCCUCACCACGGUGUGCAUUGGUGUGUUCACCGACAUGUUUCUGUACUCCUUGAUCAUCCCCGUACUCCCCUUUAUGCUUCACGACCGAUUAGGUGUACCAAAGUCGAGCGUACAGCAACAUGUUUCUGGUCUUCUCUCGGUGUAUGCUGCUUCGACGUUAAUUGGGUCCCCAGUGGUCGGCAUUAUAGCCGACCGACAGCAGACACGAAGAGGCCCCUACCUCACAGGCCUCAUCGCCCUCGGUGCUGCGACAAUACUGCUAUUCUCUAGUCGGCAUCUAUCGUUACUGUACGUCGCCAGGGUCUUGCAGGGAAUCAGCGCCGCCGUGGUAUGGUCGGUUGGUAUCGCCUUAGCGGUCGACACCGUGGGCGUUAAAAAUUUGGGAAAGACCUUGGGGACGAUGUCUUCCGCCACGCUCGCGGGUGUGCUAUUUGCACCCAUGAUAGGUGGCAUCCUUUACGACAAAACAGGAGUCCUCGGGCCUACCGUGCUGUCGACAACAUUGAUAACCAUCGACCUUGUGCUACGACUGCUUGUCGUCGAGAAGAAGACAGCAGCCGAAUAUGAGGGGAAUCUUGCAGAGGAGAGCGGCGGUGUUGUAGCUGGUGAGGUCUCAGGUACACCUGAUUCUCCUGAAGGCAGAGACCCAAGUAUGGAAGGAGAUCACAUGCACGAGAGCAACGAAAGCGAGCCAUUACUCCAGCCUGUCGCCUUCAAGAUAGCUCCUGAUCAGCGCCGCUCAUGGAUCGUUCGCCUAAUGCCCAUCGUUAUCUGCCUUGGAAACUCGCGGCUGGCGAUGGCUCUGACCCUCACAACAAUGCAGGGCAUGAUCUUAGGCGCAUUUGAAGCGACUAUUCCCAUUCGGACAGCCGAGCUUUUCGGCUUCGACUCUUUCCAUUCGGGAUUGAUGAUGAUGCCGGUUGUUGUUUCGUCGGUCAUCUUUGGACCCAUACUUGGUUAUGUCGUUGACAAAACUGGGCCAAAAGUCGUGGCCGCAUCUACUCUCGUCUUGCAGGCCUGUACGCUGGUGCUACUCCGACUACCUCGCCCUGGAGGAGCCGACCAGAUCGCACUAUUUGCUAUCAUCACAGGAUUGUGCAGCAUCAGCAUAUCUGGAUGCAGUUCCGCUACAGCGGUCGAGUCUGGAUUGGUGGUAGACUCUUACCACAAAGCCAAUCCUGAGUUUUUUGGGCGCCUCGGCCCGUACGCACAACUGUACGCACUCUCCGCCAUGGCGUACACACUUGGCCUUGGUAUUGGACCUGAGAUCACUGGCCAGCUACAACCUUGGUUGGGUUUUGGCAACACCUUCAUCAUUCUCGCGGUGAUAUCUGCUUUAACAGCCGUCAUGGCCGUACGAUAUGUCGGCGGUAAGCCUGCGAACCGCUCAGCGGCAAAAGGACAAACUCUCCCAUAAAUGCCAGAGGCCUGCAGUCUUGGAGCGAAAUGUCAUCUAUCGAUACAUCCUUGGUGACUCCAAUCUGCACGGGGUGGAGAAAUAGCUUGUAUAGAACAUGCCACCUCUGGCUAUCCUCUCAGUUCCUAUGUACCAAGAAAAAUCUGUAGCUCUAGAAUUUCCUCUUCAACUUGGCAGGUUUCAUAUCCU